AUGGCGGAGUGCGCUCCAGUGCCUCUUUGGCGCGCUUUCGAAAAUUUGGCGCUGGGCAGCAGCAGUAGCACGACAGGCUCGAGGCUGACUGCGCAAAAGGCCCAGGCAGCAGCCCGCCGCGAGGGCUCAGCAGCCAAGUCUGGCUUGCUCUUCAGUCUUUUUCGGCGCCAGGCAGCGGUGUGCCAUGCCAACCCCAGCCAGAGCUGCGGCACCAUCGACCCUUGCAAGCCCUACUGCUACUCUCGACACAUUGCAAAAAGGUACGACAUCCCAGCUACGACAGCAUCAGCGCCCUACACGCCACCGCCCAGCCCAGCAUUCCCGCAGCAUACGCAAUCGCAGCCUCGACGACAAUAUUCCCGUCGCAUCUCCAAUCAGCAGCACGUCGCAUCGCUGCGUAUCCUUCACACUCCGUCGCAGGAGGCACCCCUGCUUGGCUUCGUGCUCGUCUCGUCGCGAACGCUAUUUUUCAGCCUCGAAGUAGUAGCACGUAACGACACGACCUGCAACAGGGCCAGCAGUGUCAGCGGCAUGGAUCCUGCGAUGAAGCAUCGUCGAUCGUCGCAAUGCGCACCGUGA